CAUCUGCGCGAUUCCGGAUGUGUCCAAUGCCAAGAGAAGGGCCGGCUCAUAGUUAAUCGUAGGGGGGUACUUUUUCCCCGAUUCGAAGGAUCAUUACGAACGCGGGGAUGAAGACGAGUCAACAGCCAAUCGAAAGAGACCGGGGGGGGUUUUGCGGGCUGGUUCUGCGUCGAUGUCGAUAUAGAAGCGAAGGGAGCAACAAGUUCGGGGUUGUCGCUGCUAGUGCGCGUGUUUCACGGAUGAUCGAGUAAAGCGGGCUGGAGGGGUUAGAAGAGGUUUAGCUGCUGCAAAUGCCGGACGAGUACUUGCGGCGGUUGUACUCGAGCGGAGGAAGAAACACGUACAUAACUACAAAACCAACACGAGAUCGGCACGAGUGACUUAGGUUCACUGACACGAGGCUGGGAACGACGCCGACGCCUAAGCACCGCCACAAACCCCUCGCUCAACCCUAAUAAUCCACAGUCGGAGAGCGACACUCGACGCUGGGACGCCAUCGUCGAAGGACGCGCACCAUGAAUAUGUAAAACGACGAUACAUAAUCGUCGUUGGGCGACUCGAUCAGCGAGAAACGGCGACGAAUUUAAUGCCUCGUUCAACGGGUUUUCCAAUUCGAAUAAACUAUAUAUGCAAAUAGACGAGAGGAAAUUGUCGGGAAAAAAAAAGAACAGAGCGCAUUGAACUCCCCGUUAUCGCAUAUCUCCGAGCUGCGAACACUCUUGCCUCAAGGUCCGUCAAAAGUUCUCUUCAUUCGACGCCUCGACCUCCAAAUUCAACCACGUAAAUUAUUGCAAAAAAUUGCAAUGCUUACAAGUGUCCUUGAUAUGUGUGAGUGAGGUGAGUGAGACACGUGAAUCAGGGGAACGAAGUCGGUGAUUCAUUGUCGCUUGUGAAAGUUUAUUGAAAAAAAAGUAGCACUUGCGUAUGAAACUUUUGUGACAAAAGUGUAUUGAUGCAACGAGAAUAUAUAUUUAAAAAUACUUUGCGAUCCACUGGCCGGUUCAUGCAAUUAUUCAAACGGUGGAUAAAUUAAAAAGAAUUUUAAUCGGAAGCGAAUCCGACUUUUAGGACAAAAUCCCUCUCCGAGUGGUUCGCGCAAUCAACGGAUUAAUAAAAUUAAUGUUGUUCGAAAAGACAUUCUCAAAGGUAGAAAUUCGACGAUUCAAAAGACAAGACUUUUAUCGUAUAUAUUCUCCGUCGUGAUUUCCCCGAGAUAAUAAUCCGCAGUGGGAGCCGCAGUUAUAAAACGGCAGCGCGUGUGGCUCUUUCAAGAGACAAGAGCAAUUUUGUGAAAGCACAGACGCGAGAGACAAACGAAUAUUGAGAAGGGCGAAGAGUGCAAUAAAUCGAUCCUGAAUAUUUUACAAUCACGCCUCACACGUGACUCUUUUAAACGGCUUGAAAGAAAAAAAGUGUUGAUAUUUACAUUUUUACACUUUACAUUUCGUUUCUUGCGGAAAGCACACGCGUAUAUACGCACCCAUGCAGCAUUUCCGAAUAAGGUAUAGGUAGAAAAUGCCGGAAAGAAUUUAGACGGGAACGCGGCCAGUAUACAAGCUCGACGCACAAAGACACACAAAGUUCCGAGGUGCCGAUCAUCGCAAGUGUAGUUAGGAUUUUUUUAUGGACCUAACUUCCAGUGGGUAUCUAUAUACUUGCGUGCCAUAAAGAGGCAAGGACGAUAUAAUUUGUGAAAAAAAAAACGAAUUUCCGUCUGCACGUGGCUCGAUACAGAGUUGGCCUAUCACGCUCUCUCGACCAAUCUAUAUGCUCGUUCGGCGGUAGAGACCGGUGUAUAUAUUAUUCUUCACUUUUGAAUAUUCUUGCGGACGAAUACUAAAGCAGCAAAAAUAAUAAUUAAUACAUUCGAAACUGACGCAAGUGUCGCGAGAGUCUACUUCAAAUGCACUGAUAAAACAAAAGAUUAGAGUAAAUCCGGUGGGUAAGAAAUAUAUUUUAAGGAGACCGACCGUCUCCCUGCGAGAUGAUAGCAGCACACAAUAAUAAUCAGCAACAGGCAGUCCUUUCGAGAGGAAGCUCGCGCAUCGGCCAAUACGAGGAGAUGAACGGUGGUGGUACAUCGACUGUGAACGGUGGUGUUGCUGUUGACACAGGGAACGUAACCGUUGAGGACGAAAGCACGAUGCAAGAGGCGCCACACAACGACGAUUCGGUGAAAGCUCAGAGGGUGAGCAAUGGCAAAACGGCCGGUAAAAUCGGAGAGAAAGUUGGUACGGUCCGUACGAUCGACGAAAAUGUGGCGCAUGUUCCGAGCGUUGGUUCGCACCAUCACCGUCACGACGUCGACGAGGAAGACGAGGAUGUUGAGGAAGACGAGGAGGAGGAGGAGGACGACGAGGAGGAUGAGGAGGAUGACGACAAUGACGAGCUCAGAACGGGUGGAGGCUUGAGAAAGAUCGACGGUGGAAUAUUGGUAGGCGGUGGUGGCGGUGUUGCUUCCGUGCAAAGCAACGUUGAACUCGAAAACCGCCGCGAGACGGCGCGUACCGGGAUCGGAGGGAUGGGAACGGGGAUUAUUGCCGAGCCGGUUAGUGGGGGUAACGGCGGAGGUGGCAUGGGCGGCUACUGGAGGCAGAGCAGACCCUCCAGUCCCCGCAUGCCGCCUCCUGAGCAGCCUGAGCAGAGGCCGAAGAGCCGACACGAGCAGCUUGCAAACACCACAACCAGAUACAACAACCUCGGUUAUUGGAGAGCGAGACGCGUUACUUUCUACAAAAAUGGCGAUCCUUACUUUCCCGGUGUCGAAUUCAGAUUCAAGCCCGGUCGCGAUAUCGGUUCGCUCGAGGCGCUAUUGGAUCGAUUAUCCCAACGUCUCGAUCUGCCACGGGGUGCUCGUCACAUAUUUUCCAUGGAUGGUGAUCGGAAGCUCAACCUCGACGAGCUCGAGGAUGGCGCGUCGUACGUUGUUUCCAGCUACAAAACAUUCAAGCCGGCGAGCUAUGGAAAAAAGAGCAAUACGUGGUACGCGGCGCCAGUUGGAACAGGCGGAACUGGAGGUGGUGCCGCCGGCAGCCGCGGAAACGGCGGCGGCGGAGGGGCCGGGGGCGGCUGGCAAAGUCGACCACCCGCGGUAGCGAGUCUCAGCAGGAAAGCCUCCAUCACCGAGGAAGCACCACCACCCGGUGGUGGAAAACCAUCUUCCGGUCGAGUUAUCAGAAUUGUUAAUAACCUCGAUCACACUGUCCAGUGUCGAGUUUUGUUGAACCUCCGGACAUCACAGCCAUUCGAAGAGGUUCUCGAAGACUUGGGUCAGGUUCUGAAGAUGAACGGGGCCAAGAGAAUGUUCACCGUCUCAGGACAAGAGGUACGAAGUUUUUCACAACUGAGAAACGAAUUCGCCGAUGUCGACACGUUCUACCUCGGAACGGGGGCAACCUCCAUGGGAAUUGCUGCUGGAGCAAUGACGAUAGCUUCCUCCCCGGCAAGAAGGUCGAGAUCUCGAGGUCCAUCGACCGUUCAAAUGAGCGGACCUGGUGAAGAUAUCGGGAGACAAAGACGCGCACGUAGCAAAAGUAGACCGCGGGCUUUAUACGCCCCCGAAGCCGAGGUACGGGUUAACGAUUACAGUGUCGUUGAGGUGUUGCGCGAAGAGCCAGUGAGGGUGACCAUUCGGGGGCUGAGGCGUUCCUUUUAUCCGCCUUCGCAUUUGCCACCGGUCGACAAUUCGCCACCGGAAAAAAAGUUGCAAUUAGAAUGGGUCUACGGGUAUCGUGGGACUGACACGAGGAGAAAUUUGUGGGUUUUACCGAGCGGCGAGCUUCUCUAUUACGUGGCCGCUGUUGCGGUGCUUUUUGAUCGUGAAGAAAAUGCCCAACGUCAUUACAUCGGACAUACCGAGGACAUAACUUGCAUGGAAGUUCAUCCGAGCCGAGAACUCGUAGCUUCCGGCCAGAGGGCCGGAAGACACAGAAAGGCUCAGCCUCACGUUCGUAUCUGGUCGACCGAAACUCUUAUGACUCUCUAUGUUUUCGGUAUGACCGAAUUUCAAAUGGGAGUCUCUGCUCUCGCAUUUUCACAACUGAAUGGUGGAAGUUACGUUUUGGUAGUUGAUUCCGGAAGAGAAGCAAUUCUGUCGGUCUGGCAAUGGCAAUGGGGUCACUUGCUGGGAAAAGUUGCGACGUUGCAGGAAGAUUUGACAGGAGCAGCUUUUCAUCCUCUGGACGACAAUUUGCUAAUAACUCACGGUCGCGGACAUUUGACAUUUUGGAAUCGUCGAAAGGACGGAUUCUUCGAGAGAACAGAUAUAAUAAAACCUCCAUCACGAACGCACGUAACGAGCAUACAAUUCGAGCAAGACGGUGAUGUAGUGACGGCGGACAGUGACGGAUUUAUAACAGUUUAUUCGGUCGACGCGGACGGGGCUUAUUUCGUUCGCAUGGAAUUCGAGGCUCACAACAAAGGCAUAAGUUCGUUAAUAAUGCUUUCCGAAGGGACCCUCCUUUCCGGUGGUGAAAAAGAUCGCAAAAUCGCUGCUUGGGAUUCGCUGCAGAAUUACAAACGAAUUACCGACACGAAGUUGCCAGAAACAGCCGGAGGAGUGCGGAGCAUUUAUCCACAACGACCUGGUCGAAACGACGGAAACAUUUACGUCGGCACUACGCGGAAUAACAUCGUUGAAGGUUCUUUGCAGAGGAGAUUCAACCAAGUGGUUUUCGGGCAUGGAAGACAGCUGUGGGGCCUCGCGGUUCACCCUGAUGAUGAAGUUUUUGCCACGGCUGGACACGACAAGAAUAUCGCACUUUGGCGAAGACACAAACUUCUCUGGACGACGCAGGUCGGUUUCGAAUGCAUUUGCAUAGCUUUUCAUCCGUUUGGGGUUGCUCUGGCUGCUGGCUCUUCGGAAGGUCAUCUUCUUGUGCUGGCUGCCGACACCGGCGCCGCAGUAGCGACGCUUCGAGUCUGUGGCUCUCCGCUCUCAUGCAUCGGCUACAAUCCAACCGGAGAAAUCGUUGCCAUGGGCUCGCAAAACGGCAGCGUGUACCUAUUUAGAGUCUCUCGGGAUGGUUUCUCUUACAAAAAGAGCAACAAAAUUCGAGGCACUCAACCCCUCGUUCAACUCGACUGGAGCUCGGACAGCAGAUUUUUGCAGACCGUCACACAAGACUACGAUCUAGUUUUCUGGGAUGUGAAAGCACUGUCUUCGGAGAAGAGUCCGUUAGUUAUGAAGGACGUCAAAUGGUACACCCACAAUUGUACGGUCGGUUACAUGGUGUCCGGGAUGUGGAACAAUCGUUACUAUCCUUUAACGACAGUUUUAACAACAUCGAGUCGUUCGGCAGCUCACGAUAUGCUCGUAAGCGGAGACGCCGAAGGAUAUUUGAGGCUCUUCCGUUAUCCGUGCACGAGUGCGAAGGCGGAAUACGUCGAGGAGAAGGUGUACAGUUCGUUGGUCGCAUGUGCACGUUUCCUCUACAACGAUCAAAACGUCGUGACUGUUGGAGGCACCGACGCUGCUCUGAUGCUUUGGGAGCUCGUCGACGAAUGAAUUGUCCAAUUUUCUCAAAUUGCAACGAACGCAGAAACCAAAAAAGAAAAAACGUUCGGAAUGAACGAUUGAAUAUUUUCGACGUUACGUUGUCCGAAUAAGCGACGUUAUUUCAAAGACGAAUUCGCUGCGAUGAACGUAAUAGAUUAAAAUGCAGAAAAUCAAUUGAUUAACGAUUCUUGAGGAGAAAUCAAAAUGGUACUGUGGCCCCGAGCGCCGAUCGAUAAAUUUCAUCGAAUGACUAAAUUUCAUAAACCAAUUGUGUGACGAUCGCGUCGAUCGCAGAACAAUCGAAUCGUCGUAUGACGACCCAAUGAAAACCUUAGCCAAUGAACUGGAAAAAAAAAGAUCAUAUACGAUUACCGAAUGAAAGUUACGAAGAUGAGCGAAAAAAAAACAUUUUUUAGUUACCUCGACUUUUAAAAAUAAUUGUUCUUCAUGAGAAAAAGUAGAAUUUCAUUAGAAAUAAUUAAUUGGGCGAUAUUUGGUCUUCUCUUCAUGAGUAGUUCCGACGAAAUCCGCUCAUUGCGCGUAGAACUUCAAUUAUUUCGAAAGUCGAAGAACCAAAAAAAGAUAUUUUUUUCGAGCCAUCCUACACGCACACAUAGCCGGCUCGAUUUUCCGAUCGAGUUGGAUGUAAACUGCCGAUUUCAUUCCCUCAAUUUUGGACUGUGAAGCCCGAGAGUAAUUUCACAAAGGAGACAAGAAAACACGAUAUUUAUUGAAUAAUGUUACGAGGAAGUAGAAAACAUUGACUUUCUUAUUUUUGUUCGAAAGUUGGACUUUUGAAAUAAUUUGAUAUUUUUCUUAGCGGCAUGAUUAUCACGAAACAAUCGUGCUGCUGUUACGAUCUCCGAUGACGCACACCUGCGAUUAUUUCAUCAUGACGACAACAAUCAUGCUACGCAGCGUUUUAUUAACGUUUAGAAUUGAUAAAUAUUAUACUACGUGAUAGAAAUGCGUAUACAGGGUGUUCCAAAACGUGACGUAUUUUUCGUGCACAUAGCGAUAGAUAUCGCGAUUUCGAGGAGAAAAGUCCUCAGCCACCGUUCAUGAAAAAUUAGCUCACUGAUGGAUUUUUCGAUCAAAUUAAAAUAAAAUAAAAAAAAAACUCAAUCAACGUUCGACUCCGACAAAUUUUUUUUUUCAAUUCAACCUCGAUACAACCAAAAUAAAUGUCUGGGACAGUCUGUAUAACAUACUUUAACACGAUACGCUCCAAAAAAUUGAGCGUUAAAAAGAAGGACGCGGGCGUCCUUACUGAACAGUCGAAUAAUCAGUUUUUUCAAUUAUUAGCUUUCGAAAGCACUUCAUUGAUUCAAUCUCAACGUAAGCACACUAUCGUAUAAGAGCGAGAUGGAAAUGAGAGACCAGUAUAACCAGGGGUUUUUUUUCAGAAUAAAAGUAUAAAAUUACAAAUCGUUUUUACAAACGAAAUUUCUAGUUUCUAUUUACUUCGAGUCGAGGACAGAACCACUGUGUUCCUUUGUUCCUUUUUCGAUUUAUUUUUAAUUCCGAAAGGUAAAAAAAGAGUUUCUCGAAAUUGAGAGAAAGUCAAAUCUCAAAGCGCUGGUCGAACCUUCGAAUCUUGACAUUCUCGCUGUUAGGAUUGAAAAAAAAAAUCAUUCUCGCGCACGCGAAUAAAAUUAAAAAAAAAAAAAGCAAAAUGCGUCGCUGGACGACGCAGUAGCAUGUUAAAAAGUAUGUCCACCACGUUCGUUCGCAUACAUUAAUUAUACUAAUAUUACUAUUAUUAAUUGAAAUAAAAUUAUGGAUACGUACUUAUAUAUAAUAUGCAUAUAUAUAAAUAUUUAUAGAUAUUUAGAUUUGAAUAAAUCUAACGAUAAAUCGAUAGAGCCUGGGAGCUACGAUAGUUCGCAUACUACAUACGGGGUGGGCCAAAAUUCACCGGGUGAUUAUUCGAAUUCUUUCUGUUCAGCAGCAGAACUCGCGAUACUUGGACCACCCUUUAUAUUUGUAUGGGGAUUUUGCCUGCGGAAAAAGUAUAUUGUGGUGUACUUACCCCCUUGCGCUCUCACCAAUAAAAUACUUCUCGAAUAGAA